AGCUGAGAAACACAUGUUUAUAGAAUAGUCACAGGUAAAAUCAUGUGGAGCAUACACACUUUGCUACUGUUAGCGUUAAUUUGGGGGAGUAAAAAUGUUUUCUCAGCCCCUGUGGAUGAAAAUAUCGAAAAUAGUGAACCAACAACUGAAAUUAAGGUCCAUAAUGAAAAUUCGAGAAUACUAGGGGACCCUCCUAUAGAAACGUUGACAUUGGAAAGAGAAAAAAGAUCACCUGGUAAAGGCGGCUAUGGAGGUGGAGGUCUUGGAGGAGGAGGUGGUUAUGGAGGUGGUUAUGGAGGAGGUUAUGGAGGUGGUGGAGGUUCCGGGGGAGGUGGUGGAUUUGGAGGAGGUGGUGGAUUUGGUGGAGGUGGUGGUAAAGGAGGAGGAUUUGGAGGUGGUGGUGGAUUUGGAGGGGGCAAAGGUGGUUAUGGAGGUCAAGGAGGACACGGAGGAGGAUAUCCAGGAGGUGGAGGUUGUAGAAAAUGUGGCAAAUAAAUAAACUGUUUCUAGUAUAUGAUCGUAAAUAAUAAAAAUGUUUGUUAGAAAAAGAGA